GCGUGCUGCGAGCUCGGACCACGCGACUGUGUGGCUUCGUGGAGGCGACUUGGCUGCCCUCAGCUGGAUUCAAAACCAGUAAUGAGCGAUCGCUACAGCCUCAUCCCUGCGACGCGGGAGCAAGUGGAGUCCAUCAGGAAGAGUCUGGGGACAGACGAAGAGGACAUCAAGAGGACCAUAGCGUCUGUACGAGACUGGCUCAGGAUGCAGCCGCAUCUGCCCGACGAGAUAGAAGACGCACGCAUCGAGCGGAUGUACAUAAACUGCAAGUGCAGCAUAGAGAGGGUUAAGAAAGGACUGGACGCCUACUUCUCGCUUAAGACCAGGCAUCCAGAGAUGAUGAUGAACCGUGACCCAAGGGGACCCGACGUUGUGAACACCAUUGAGCACAUCAAGCUGGUGACGAUGCCUCGCCUCACGGAGCAGCUCUACCGGGUGCACAUCUUCGGAGACGCCGACCCGGACCCCGUGUGGGUCUCGUGGCCAAAUUACGGAAAAAUCGUCUCCAUAAACCUCGACGUGAUGUUAUUUAAUGACUACUCGCUCGGAGACAUCGUCAUCGUGGAACUGAAGAACCUGACUGCUGGACACGCCCUCCGGACCGAUGUCAAUAUCAUACGCGCUAUUGAAUUUGGCUACAAGACUGCCUAUUGCCGGAGUUUGAAAGCAUUGCAUUUGAUAAAUGCUGACAAAGUAAUUGAUUUUGCAAUGAAAAUUUUGCGCUCAGCUCUCUCCAAAAAGUUGCAGAAGAGGACACACGUCCAUCUGUCAGGAUCAAAGACGCUGUUUGACCACGUGGCAAAGGAAUAUCUGCCGGAUGAACUAGGAGGCACAGCAGGUCCUAUCGACAAACUUGCCCAUGAAUUCAUCAGGAGGGCGGAGGAGAAGAGAGAGUGGUUCGUGGAGCAGGACCGCUACACCUCGGACGAGAGCAAGAGGCCCCCAGACAACCACUAUGCCGACGGUUUGUUCGGAGUGGCGGGAUCCUUCAAGAAGCUCUCAGUAGACUGACGCCGCCACACUUCAUUUUGUAGAUUCUGUCACUUGUGGACAGUAAACUGUGGUACACGGGGUGAACCGGGAAUCUACCAACGAAAUUUCAGAAUCUGUUAUGUGAUAAUUUCUGAGUGUUUUGGUAUAACAGACCCAUGGCCUUCGAUGGUUCGUUAGAGAGUAGCAACAUUUUUUUUUUCAUGUUUUCUUAUUGAGGUCUGCAGUCGAAAACUGGAUUGGUACAGACCCAAAUGCUAGUCUAUCCUCUGCACAAACUCCUUCACCUCUCCAUAUGUACAGCACCGGACGUCCGUCUGUGAAUGUCUUUGUUUAACCGAUCCCUUCUUUUAGUCGAAUUGUGCCCUUUCAUUAAUUAAUCUACCUCCUCAUCUAAUCUAUAGCAUUCUUUUUAGCACCACAUUUAAAACACUUGUAUCCCCUUAUUACUCGAACAUUUAAUCGUCCACGUUUCGCUUCAGUACAAUGCUGCACUCCAGACAAAUACCUUCAGAAAAAAAGCCUAAAAUACUUAUAAUUAUCGUUAACAAAUUUGUGUUUUUCACAAAUGGAUUUUUUCCAGCUGCCAAUUCGCAUUUUAUGAUCUCCCUACUUCGGCCAUCAUCAUUUAUUUUACUACUCAAGCAGCAAAACGCAUCUACUACGGUCAGUCACUUUCUGAUCUACUUCCCCAUGCUUGCCAGAUUCAGUUGCCUGAACUUUAUUUCUCGUUCCAAGUUUCUCCUUAAUUUUCUUUACUGUCUCAAUGUCCAGACUGAAUUCCGUCUGUGAUAGCUUACAGCCCUCCUAAACUACCACUUUCCCUUUGUGCCUUUCAAGCCUUGCAACUCCAGCCAAUUCUUUGUACAAGCUUCUCACUACUUGCAUUCUUUUCCUUCUACCUUCACAGUUUCCCAAACUCAAACGCAUAUUUCUGAAGGUCGACUUCUACCAAUUUUUCGAUUCUUCCGCAAAUUGUUCGUGCCAGCAUUUUGUAACCAUUUUAUUAACAGAUGGCUCUCUAAUAUUCACACCUCACAGCACCUACCUUCUCCGAAACAGAAAUAAUCACUAUCUUCUUGUUUUCUCACCCCCCCCCCCCUUUCUACUCUGUAUUUGUAUUGAAAUGAAAAUCUCUAUAACUAGCAACCAGAGAGCACGACUCCCUUAUACAGAAAUACUUAGGAAAUGUCGUUGAACAUCGUCUGAAAUUUUGUCAGCGGUUCGGGUUCACCCAGAUAAGUAAUAAGCGUGCCCUCCUACAGGGACAAGGUCUAUGGGACCUCCAUUAUCUCACUGCGUGAAUCUGUAUUUUCAUUCAUUCUAGUUGUAAAGCAAACGUGAGUGUAAAUAUUAAAAUGUUAAUUUAUGUGACUUGUGAUUUAUGCCUUCUUGGCUACUCAACUAUUUUUCCAUCAUAUGGAUUGCACGCAAUCCUCAUUGCGUACUCAAUGACUGGAUAACCGUUAAUGACAUUUUUGGAAAAGGUGCAUCACAAAGAUGGGUGGAAGGAAAUGAACUGUCCACAAUCCAGAAAAAAUUUUGUAAUUGCUAAGCACUUGUCUUCAAAAUUCAGUGUAGUCCCGUUUUUCAUGAUGUUCCAUAAACUAACCUUUAAGCUGUGUGUCAUGUUGAAAUACAGUUACUUCAUUUAUCAAA